CUUUCAACACUUCUUGGAUCGCCCCGAAAGUCCUUAUUAUGGCAUGUCGACCUAUCGUGACGUGCUGGGACGGACAGGAGAGAGUUAAAAUUUGUUGCGACUCUUUAUUUACCUGAAGCCCCACCCAGUUAUUUACAUGGGGGAAGUAGUUCCAUUAAUAAGGAGGUGUUCGUGGCAAUUUCGUACUUAGUGUUGUAGGUCCGACUUGAAGAUCAGAUCUCGGUGUGCAGCAAAUUGUGCUAUGCUAUUGGAGGUGCUCCAAACCAGGUUGCUAGCAGUGCCACUUCUUUCUUUCUGCAGAUCUAUCUCUUAGAUAUAGCUCAGAAAGGCCUUGAUUCCCCCCGCCACCCCACCAUCAUCAUUUCUGAGUCCUGAAAGCUAUGGAUUGGGAUUACUCCAUUUCAAGCCUCUCUGGUGCUACUUGUUGGCAAAGCCUGUGGAGCAACCGCAGAUCCUGUUGGUGGUUAUUUUAUUAGUAAAAGUAAACGAACCAAAAUUGGCCACCUCAUGCCUUGGCAUUUCUUUAUAUUGCUGUGGAUGCCAUAAAGUAUGAAAAAUUAGCAGUGGAUUUGGAGCGGCCUUGUUGAGAUCAGGGGGUAAAAAUAUGAAGUCCAUACAGAAGAGCAGAGAAGUAAUCACACUAGCUCUAACUGUUUAUAGAAAGCACAAAGAAAACAUGCACAACAAGCAACAGACUUUCAUCUCUCUGCAAAACCUCUAAUUAACUUUCCCUUCUCCUUAUUAUCCUAGAGAGAAUCUAUCUAUGUGGUCCCUAAUUGUUGACACCAACUUGACAACACUUAAUCAAUCUCUUUAUUAUGAAAUAUGAAUAAAGAGGGUUUUCAGCAGGGAUUUGGGAAUGUGAAUAACAAAAUAGUGGAAGGAAGAUUUUCUUCGUAUAUUGCAGUCUGUAAAUAUUCAAACAUUAAUAUGUUAUUCAUGUGUCUGUGCUCAUGUACAUGUGUUUGUGUGAAUGACUAUGAUGUGUUCAUUUAAAAAGUGAAUCUAGAUGCAGGGCCUCUCAAGUACAGGCUAGAGAGGAAGUGUUCAACAUAAUGGGCUGAUUCAGAUGAUACCUUACCAGUCCACAUGAUUAGAAGGCCAGACAAUCUAAAUAUAUAUUUUUACUGUUUAACUGAUUUCAGACUUUUAAAUGUGAUUUUUAUGAAAUUUUAUUGUAUUUUAACUUUUGUAAACUGCCUUCGGAUGUGUAACGGAUUAAAGCCUUAGUCUCAGAGCAAGCUCACAUGAGAGAAAGAAAUGCUGGAUCAUCCCUGCUAAGCUUCAUGACUAAGCUUCUCCUAAAAACUCUUCUGUAUUUCUGGAUGCUGGGUUGCACACCUUUCACCAUUGUAGCCUACUUCUUUCUAUGGUAUUUGCCUCCCUUUGUAACUCCAAAAGUCGUAUGGCAUCUGGCUUUCUAUUCCAUUUUCCAAGCACUGAGUACACUAUUCCAGGUACCAUAUUCUGCUCUCGCCAUAUUUCUCAGCCCAGACCAGAAGGAAAGAGAUUCAGCAAUAGCAUACAGAAUGACUCUUGAAAUUCUUGGAACACUGAUUGGAGCUACUUUGCAGGGGCAAAUAGUUGCCAGUGCUCAUAGCUCUGAUCACUGCAACUACAAUCACACUGAAAUUAUACAUCCUCCUAACCUGCAACAAAACAGUUCCAGCCUCCAAGCUUUGUCUCAUGCUAAAAAAGUCUACAUGAUGGCAGCAGGGAUAAUAGGAGGACUAUACAUUGUUGGCAUCAUUAUCCUCUUCUUUGGAGUGAAAGAAAAAGAUCCUUACGCCUUAAAAUCAGACAAAACAUUCUCUUUCUGUAUGGGACUCAGUAUCACAAUGAAGUAUGGACCAUAUGUGAAACUUGUAGGAUCAUUUCUUCUGAUCUCAACAGCAGUUCAGCUUGAACAAGGCAACUUUGUCCUCUUUUGUACCCAAGCAGCUGGUCUUCGCAACCAUUUUCAGUAUUUAGUACUAAUAAUCUUGGUGUCAGCGGCAGCAGGUACUCCAUUCUGGCAAUGGUUUCUGAAUCAUUUUGGGAAAAAGAUGGCAGCAGGCGGGAUAGCUUUGAUGAUCCCUUUUUCAAUCAUGUUGGUGACCAUCCCUAAUCUGAUUCUAGCCUAUCUGGUGGCUUUUGUAUCUGGACUGAGCAUUGCAGUGGCUUUACUCUUGCCAUGCUAUACAUGCAAGGACAAAGCCCAAAUUCAUUAUGAAUGUGUUGACACCUCUAAAGAUGAAAAUAUGAGACCACGUAAAACCUGUAUUAAUUCGGCUGAGUCCUUUAAUUUUAGGUCCAUGUUGCCUGAUGUAGUUGACCACUUUCGAGUGAAGAAUCCUCAUUCCGCUGGGCAUGAAACCAUCUUCUAUUCUUCAUAUGUCUUUUUUACUAAGAUAUCAACUGGGUUUGGUAUGGGAAUUUCUGCCUCCAGUCUGGAGAUCGCUGGUUACAAACCGGGGAUGUGCAAACAGUCCAGCAGUGUUGUUGUUGCGCUGAAGAUCUUGAUUGGUGGAGUCCCGCCUGUCCUCAUAGUACUAGGCUUAUUCAUACUUCUGUUCUACCCAAUCAGUGAGAAGAGUCGAAAGGAAACUAAACUUGCUCUUGAAAUGCUAAGGAAGAAUAAUCCAAGCACUGAAGAUUUCUCUGAGAAUGAACAAGGCACACGGCUUUAAAUACCUAAAUAGAAAUCACUUGUGAACAAGGUGGCAUCACUUAGUGGGACACAAAUGAGACGUUUGUGUUAUCCCACAGAAGCUUUGUCUCAAGGACAACAGAAGCAUAUGUGUCAAGGCUACGCAAAUUCAAAACCUACAAUCUGAAAAAGCAUAGCUUGGAGAAGAGCUGCUUAGAGCUUGUGUGUGACACUGUAUGGUUCUGUGAAGCUCUGGAAGGACUGCUUUAGGAUGCAGUUGGGCUGUGUUUUUUCCUCUGAAUUACACCAACACAGCGGUAUUAUAUUCAGGCCAGGAGGAUGGUGAAUUCUGUGCAAUGUAUUUUGAAAAGCAGUUAUUUUCCCCACCCACCUUUUCAAAAGUAUCAGCAUUUGAAUAGUUUAAGAAUGUUAUCCUUUUGCCUUCUUAAUAUGUGGAGAGAACUGCUACUUAUGACCCAAUAGAGGUGACAAUGUGCAAAAAUACACUUCCAAAUUUAAAUGAAAUUAACUACUUGCUUUCCAUGUGCUUUUUAAUGUAUGCUUGUUUUUUGCUUAUUUUAAUUUUGCUUGUUUUUUUCAAAAUCUUGAACAAAACAUUUGUAUAGCUGACCUGUGCAAAAAGGGAACGCUUUGUGUGUGGAGCCAUGUUAAAUGCUGUAGGUUUAUUGCCCCAAGCAAACAGUUCUAUGAUUAUUUACUUGAGGAUAAUCUGUGACUAAGCAGGGAAUAAAAUAAUUGUCACUCCACUGCAUCACUGCUUACCACAUAUGCUGCUGAUGGUAUAACAGUGUGCAUGAGAAAGUGGAGACAGUUUACUAAAUCAAAAUUACCAUCGAUUCAACAUUUUAAGCCAAAAUUGCCAUUGCCCCAAGACAAGUAAUAUAAUCUUGGGAUAAUCCACCUUGCAACUAAUGGUUUAAUAACAGAAAUAUACUGCAUUCUGAAAGUCUGUUUUGCAUAUGUUGUUGGACUAAAACGUCAGAUAAUUCCACAUUAUCCAGUAGUACCUUUGUGAGUACCACAGGAGCAUGCUGUGCCAAUUUUGUAGGUGUUUAUGUGGAGGCACUGCUUCUGUGAACUGACACUUCCAUGUUGGGCACUUAUACAUGCGGAUUUCCACGAUUGCAGUACUCCUCUUGGUAAACUUCUGUGAACAGAUCUCAGUAACUUGUUCAGAUAACAUCUUUCAGUUGGAGGCGUAGGUAUGCACAAGCAGCGUCUCCACAUGAACAUCUCCUGGCUAUGAGCUAAGUGGCAGCUUUGUAGUCCCCCAAGCCUUUUCAUGGUAACAUCCAGAUAACAUGAAUUGGUGGCCCAUUGUGCAAUAAGUGCUUGGAAUGAGAGCCAUUCUUCAUGAACUAAUGUCUGUCUAUGCACAUGGCAUAUUGACCAUACUAUCUCUCCAAAUGUGUUGGUCAUGUCACCUGAUAUGAUUUUAAAUUUUCCUUCAAUGCAGCCUCGAUUGUUUACACCAGAUAGCGUUUUGGUGGUCCAAUCUUGUGAGUGAGUUCCUGUUAUUUAAACUGUCAGUAGAAGGGUCAUCACUAUAGAACUGUCAUCUAUAGUAGAAGGGGGUAGAGAAGUACAAGUUCUUUUUCAUCUCCUUACUUGUAUGUAUGUGAAAUAGUUUAAUUACAAGAUCAUAGAGCAUACCAGACUUUCUGCCCAAUACUGAGCAAACGAAACUGACCAUAACUUGGCUUAGGGGGGCCGAGGUUAAUUUUUAGGGUGCUAGUUAUUAAAGUAACACUUAAUAUCAAUCAGUUAAUUAAAUAAAAUUAAAGUAAAAUUAAUUUAAAUGAACUUAAUCAAAAUUUAACUUUUGAAGUUUUGGCAGGCCAAGAUUAAUUUAAAUUAAAAUAAAAUAAAUUGAAUUAAAAUUAUAAAAUAAAUACAAUAUAAUCUGUACAAAAUGCAUAACAAAAUGCACUGUUCUUCCUUUCCACCUCUGCCAAAUCAUCACACUUAACAUGGAGCACUUCUAAGGAAAAAAAUUAGAGAAGUUUUUCUCUUACUUUUUGAUAAGAAAAUUACACUUUCAUCCUUCCCCACACAGGCUUUUAUGAGAGGGAAAGAGAAGCGAGAUGGGGAAAGAAAAAAGGAAAGAAUGGGGCAGGCUUGGCUUGAGAGAGAGAGAGAAUAAAUGAAUGGGGCAGGCUUGGCUUGAGAGAGAAAGAGGUUGCUCUGAUAUCAGCCGCCUCUGUUGUAGGGGUGGGUAGAGGGGUAGAUGGACUACCGGCUCACACCCACCCACAGCCAUCCCCUCAGCCGUGCGGCAGCUGGAAUUAGAAUAAUUUAAAAACCAAAACACUGAGGUUCGCAGCAGAGGGAGGCAAGCGCAAAGGCCCCACGGGCCAAGAAAAGAGGCCCCGCAGGCCGGAUGCAGCCUGCAGGCCAGAUGUUGUGCAGGCCUGUGCUAGCUGAAAUAUAAUGGUGUAUUGAUAGAGGAGAGCAGGUCCUCUCAGCCUGGCCUGCAUAGGAGCAUCUUGAACUGUAAAGUAGAAAUCUUUAUAGUUAAAAUAUACAGCUUGAAUGUAUGUGAAAAUUGGAGAGUUUAUUUUUGUUAAUGAACUGAACUAUAUAUCAAGUGUCAAUUUAAAAGCACCAACAGUGUGGGAGAAAAUUCUUAAUGCUUAAUAUUUGUACAUUUGCAGUGACUUGGAGCGCAACCUUUUAAGAACAGAUCCUGUAUCAGGACUGGUGGACUGAAUUAGAGUUGUGUCAGAACCAAGCCGUGCUCUUAUUGUGACUAUUAAAGGUUGCGCAAAAGAGAUUCCUGGUGUAUUGUGGCCUGAUAAUUUGAAAAGGUGUGUGUGUGCGCACACACACAUUGCCACCUUCAGGGUGCAUAUUGCCACAGCCACACUAUGGUACAGAAUUGCUCAAAUUGUCAUCUACCGAUGUAACACAUUUUUAGUCAUCACCAAAGACUAUUUCUGAUUGCAGAAGUAAACGCGAUGCUUCUAGAAUAGAGUUGGAUGCAAUAGACAUCAAUUUUCUGUUUUCAAUUUCAGUUUGCAAAGAACCCAGCAACCUUUGCAAAGAACCCUGCAAAGAACCCAGUUUGCAAAGAACCCAGCAAUUUCAGUUUGCAAAGAACCCUUCCCUCCAAGUCUUGCAAUGCAAACUGGGAGCAUUUCACUGACCCUGCCAAAACAUUAAGGCUCAAGGAGCAAGUCACAGCUCCCCUUCUGAACUGGUAUACAAAAAGGUCCCACACAAUUACACUUCUGUUCUGACAAAAGGAUAGCCAGGAUGUAAGAUCCUUCAGUGGGAUUCAGUCAUUACCUGACAUGCCAACUACUAAAGCAUGCAGGCUUCAAGCAGCUGCAGAUUAUGUGUUUAGAAAACCAAAGAAACUCCAUGUUUGCCCAGAAUACCUCAUUUUAACUUAAAGUAACCUAGCCCAGCUCAGGGACAUCACUGCCUCUCAUGAUUAACGUCAUUAUCUCUCUCCACUAAAUUGUAUCUAUGAAACUUGGUUCUCACAAGGUUCUCACUGUUUUUCGCUGACAGUUAAGAAAACAGGAUUUAACCAAAUAAGGAGCAAUCACCAGAUGAACAAUGAAUCAUUCGCAUGCGUACUAGAUACUUAGACCACCAUUUUAUUGUCAUGUAUACUAUGUCUAGGGUGUCAGCAUCAGAUUGUUUGUAUAAAUGUAAGAUGCACCUAUAACCAAACUGUAAUCGGUUUGAGAGCGUAAGCCUAUUGAUUACCUAUCGCUAAACUGCAGUAGCAAUAAAAGCCUCUAAAUGAUUCCCA